AUGGUGAGCAAGGAAGGUGGCAAAUGCAUGCUCACCAACUCAGAGUCUGACUCGGAGGCAGCACCCUUGCCCUCCACCUCACUGGCACUGGAGGUGAAGUAUUCCCUGGAAGCCAGUCGACAGGUGCGGAAGAGAAACAAAGCCCUGCAAGUGCGUUUCAAGGAUAUCUGUGAGGCACAGAACGAGCAAAGGGAGGCGGAGUUGCAGGCAGUGGGGAAGGGUGGCAAGCCGAUCUCGUACAAGGUGGCAUACCGCAAGUACAUGACCGUUCCUGCUCGCAGAUCCAUCCCAAAUGUCACAAGGAGCACAGGCGUGCAGACGUCCCCUGACCUGAAGAAACGUUAUCAGACCUUCCCCUUUGAGCGCAAGAAAGGCCACACCUUUAAACACGUGGCGGCUGUGGAAACUUAUAAAGGUCAGAAUAACGGUUUUGUCAUGGAGGUGAAGCAGUCCAAGGCUGCUGAGCAGGGUUUAGAUGAGGAGGAGGAGGAGGAGGGAGCCUGCGGGGGGAGUGGAGUCCGGAGGACCAGGGCUCUGCUACAUACUAAUGAGUGCAUUGCCACAGUGGAACAGCACACUGCACCUGAUGGCCUGUGCUCUGACGCUCUGCUGCUCAGUUGCUCAGCAGACACAGACUGCCUUGCAGACACACCGGGAGGAGCUGGAGCACAGGCAGAGUACCAGCUCUGCAGUGUCCCGUCCAAAGCCAGGACAGGAUUACAACACAGAGAGCUGGAUACAGAUCGCUCAGCCAAGAGGCAGCUGCUCAAUCUGGAGGAGGGCUUGUCCCGAACCCUGCCGGACAGGGCCUCCAAGGUUACGGGCCCCAUCGCCUGGAACUCCCUUACACAGGUGGAGUGCCUGGACAGUCCGUCUGUGCGGAGCAAGCGGAAGAAAAGCCUGCAGCUCAACGGGCUGCAGAGUGAGACAUUGCCACGUGCAAGCAGAGGCUGUACAACACAGGCACAGUGCCACACAGGACAAUUAUCUGCCCGGCCUCUGCGAGGCAUGGAGGAGCCUCUGUCACCCUGCGGAGGUGGUGAGGCUAAGGGGGCACAGCCUGACCCAACACUGGAGGCCUGCAAGCAAAUAGUGCCUAUGAAUCAGGACGGGGAUGUUAAAGCACAGCUCCAGGCCAUGGAAAAUCUCAUCAGCUCCAGCCAAGAGACCAUCAAGGUGCUUCUGGGGGUCAUCCAGGAACUGGAGAAGGGGGAAGCCCACAGAGAAGGACUCUCCUAUCGAACCGGACAGGACACGGCUAACUGUGACACAUGCCGGAACAGCGCAUGCAUUAUUUACAGUGUGGAGCUAGACUUCAAGCAGCAGGAGGACAAGCUGCAGCCACUAAUGAAGAGGCUUUGCCCUACAGACGACACCCACUUCGCCCCACUGUCUUAUCCCCAGGAGGCCUUCACCUCCACCCCAAAACGCAAGUCCAAACCUGACUCCAAGAAGCAUGCUCGCUGGAAACUUUGGUUUCUGUGA